AUGAUAUCCGGAUUAUGUGAAGCUUCGCUUUUUGAAGAAGCUAUGGAUUUCUUGAACAGAAUGCAUUCUGUUUCUUGCAUUCCUAAUGUUGUAACAUAUAGGAUUUUGUUUUGUGGGUGUUUGAAUAAAAGAAAGCUGGGUAGGUGUAAACGAAUUCUUAGUAUGAUGAUCACAAAAGGUUGUUAUCCUAGUCCUAAUGUAUUUAAUUCUCUUGUUCAUGCUUAUUGCAGAUCAGGAGACUACACUUACGCUUAUAACUUGCUAAAGAAAAUGGUAGAUUGUGGAUGUCGGCCUGGAUAUGUGGUUUAUAACAUAUUAAUUGGUGGUAUUUGUGGAAAUGAGGAGUUACCGAGUCUGGAUGUGUUGGAAUUGGUUGAAAAGGCUUACAGUGAAAUGCUUGAAGCUGGGGUUGUAUUGAACAAAAUCAAUGUCAGCAAUUUUGCACGGUGCCUUUGUGGGGCUGGAAGAUUUGAGAAAGCCUAUAAUGUUAUUCGUGAGAUGAUGAGCAAGGGAUUUUUACCAGAUAUUAGUACAUACACCAAAGUAAUUGGUUUUUUGUGUAAUGCCUCCAAAGUAGACAAAGCUUUCUUAUUGUUUCAAGAAAUGAAAAGGAAUGGUAUUAUUCCAGAUGUUUAUACAUACACAAUUCUAAUUGAUACAUUUUGUAAAGCUGGCCUUAUUCAACAAGCUCGCAGCUGGUUUGAUGAAAUGGCAAGGGAUGGUUGUGCCCCUAAUGUAGUGACUUAUACCUGUCUCAUUCACACUUACCUUAAAGCUAGGAAGGUCUCCAAUGCAAAUGAACUCUUUGAGAGUAUGCUAUCGAAAGGUUGCAUUCCAAAUGUUGUCACAUUUACUGCUUUGAUUGAUGGUCACUGUAAAGCAGGAGAGCUUGAAAAAGCUUGCCAAAUUUAUGCUAGAAUGAGGGGCAAUGAGAAAGUCCCUGAUGUAGAUUUGUACUUUAGGGUUAGUAGCAGCUAUAUCAUAGAGCCAAAUGUUGUUACAUAUGGGGCUCUGGUGGAUGGUUUCUGCAAAGCGCAUAAGGUGGAAAAGGCCCGCAACCUAUUGGNUAGUAGCAGCAAUAUCAAAGAGCCAAAUGUGGUUACAUAUGGGGCUCUGGUGGAUGGUUUUUGCAAAGCGCACAGGGUGGAAGAGGCCCGCAACCUAUUGGAUGCAAUGUCGACUGAAGGUUGUGAGCCAAAUCAUAUUGUAUAUGACGCUCUCAUUGAUGGAUUUUGCAAGGUUGGGAAGCUUGAUGAAGCACAAGAGGUAUAUGCUAAGAUGUCUGAAUGUGGACACAGUCCAAAUAUAUACACUUAUGGCUCUUUGAUUGACAAGUUGUUAAAGGAUAAACGGCUGGAUCUUGCUCUGAAGGUCUUGUCUAAAAUGCUAGAAAAUUCUUGCCCUCCUAAUGUUAUAAUCUACACAGAGAUGAUUGAUGGCCUUUGUAAAGUUGGGAAGACUGAUGAAGCCUUCAAGCUUAUGCUAAUGAUGGAAGAGAAGGGUUGUCAUCCAAAUGUUGUGACUUACACUGCCAUGAUAGAUGGCUUUGGGAAAGCGGGCAAAUUGGACAAAUGCCUUGAACUCUUGAGACAGAUGGGUGCCAAGGGUUGUGCUCCAAAUUAUGUGACCUAUAGGGUUGUAAUAAAUCAUUGUUGUGCUGCUGGCCUAUUGGAUGAGGCUCAACAACUCCUGGAGGAGAUGAAACAAACAUAUUGGCCAAAACAUAUGGCAAGCUAUCUUUACAAACUUCUAAUUGAUAGUUUUCGCAAGGAUGGGAGACUGGAAGUAGCUCUGAAGCUGUAUGAAGAGAUUUCAUCAUACUUUCUGUUUUCAUCUGUUGACAAGAAUAUGUACUCUUCGUUGAUUGAGAGCCUCUCCAUUUCAUGUAAGAUUGAUAAGGCUUUUGAGUUAUAUGUGGACGUGAUAAGGAUGGGCGGUGUUCCUGACCUGAGUGUCUUUUUAAACCUCAUUAAAGGGCUUAUUAAGGUGGACAAGUGGGAGGAAGCACUUGAACUUACGUAUAGCCUAUGUGACUUUUAA